AAUUUGCGUAUAUAUAUUUUUUUUAAAUCAGCAUAAAGAUAAUUAAAGAAAGUCGAUCGGAGUACGUAUCUAAUAUCUUCAACCUGAUUAAGAUAUAAAUCCGCUUAAUUGGAUCGUAGAUUUUUAUAGAUCGCGUGGAGAGCAAUAAUAGAUUUAUUGACUUUACAUGUGCGUCGUGUAUUUUGUCACAAACGUUCUUCUUGUAAGAAGUAGUCGCGCGUGUUGGACACUUGUAGUAGAUGUUGAUCUAUUGAAUCUAUUUGGAUCUAGUUGAUAGAUCUCUCACACCUGUGUGUACACUGAAUUCAAUACGAUACGGAUGUCGUAAGAAAGAAGGUGAUCAUCGGGCUCUAAGGAAGAUUUUGGACAAAGUUUCUAGCUUAAGAUCGCCGAAGAAAAGAAUGCGUUCGCACGAUCGGAGCCCGAAUGUUCCGCUGAAGCUGCGGAAAACGAAGUUGUUACUGUCGAGAACGAGCCAGUCACCGUCCCGUAGAUCCAAAGCCGCAUCAACAUCCUGUGACAAAAGAUCCUGUAACAAAGAGAGAAAUUCAUCGGGCGGACGACGUUCCGCCGCAAUCGAUCCAAACGAUUCCGAUGUCAUUACCUGCUGCGACAUCGACGAGCUCUUCUGCGAGAACAGCAAUGUGAGCGACGAGAAAACAAUCUGUCCGCGAAUUUCGAGCUCGACUUAUGAAGCCGAUGUCGACGGCGAGAUGACCUUCUCGUCGAGAACAGGCGCGUCAAUAGAGCGGAAAGACACCCCCAUUCUAGUAGAUCUGACUAACGAGGAGUCGAAGCAAGUCACUUGGAAGCAGACUGUUUUGAAGCAAUUCGGAGAAGAUGAAGAGAGCUCGGAGUCGGAAUCCCGCAUCAUGAUAGCCGACAGUUCUAGCAGAUUGCAACGUGCCGGGACUGGCAACAGUAUGGCAACCGCUCUGAGAGAUCGCGGUCCUUGCGUGAUACCGGUCCAGCCAAAUCGUUCGCUGCCGAUCCGACCGGCGCCGCCGAUGCCAACGAGAUCGGCAUCGAUCGUGACGUCGCAGAAGACACGCUCGCCAAUGCUCAGACUGUCUAAAUCCGUGAAUGUGAAUGUGAUUGAGAUGCAAUCAAACGCAUCACCGAUCAGUUCGUUGUCAAACGAUCUGAACAAAUUCUCGUUCAGUCAACAAGAUGGAAAAAGUGACAAAAUGAUGCGCGCAAGCGAAUUCAUCGAUCACUCGGAUUACAAUCAAGAUAUGACGCAGAUUACAAAAGAGACUGGUAGUGCUAAGAGAAAGAAAGACGACGAAGAUCGAAACGAGAGAGAUAUUGGUAAAGAAACGAAGAAACGAAAGAAAUCUUACGAAACGGAAGCCAUGCGCGACGAGCGUUCGAAAUCUAUUUCGAAGGAUUAUUCGAAAACUUGUUCGACCAAUUGGCCCGAUAAAGGAAAAAAGAAACCGCAGCAGCACGUGAUGGUGAGACUGUGGGAUAACAAAAAUUAUUCGUCGACUAUUGUAGUAUCGACUACGGAAUCGGAAGUAAAAAAGACAAACGAGAUUUGCAAAAUUGUACCGCCGUUAAGACUGAAGAAAGUUAUGCGCGAAGCAAAUACUACCGAUGAUCACAGCAAAGUUAAGGUGAACACCGAGUCAGAAAAUGAGUCGAAUUACCGUAUCGUCACCGGUGCCACGCCUCGUCCGGAAUCUCCGUCCGAAUACUCCGCGAAUACUUUCUGGAGUAACGUGAACCUAACGAGCAAAAAACCCGAUCCGUCGGUAAACAACAUACGAGACAAAAGUUGGCGUUCCUCGGCGAAGAGCGACGGCUAUAAGAUCAAGUAUCGUCGCAAUCGGUUACGUCAGAAGCUACGAGAGUUGCGUGCAAAAGCACUCGAUCUGUCACGCGAGAUGGCUGCCGACACCAAUCCGCAACAAAGCACCAGGCUACGUCAGAUGAUGAACUGUUAUGAGAAACAGAUUGAGAACAUCUCUAAAUUGUUGUGCAAACUAUCCGCCUCUAUAUCACCCAACGACAAUAUCGUUGAUCUUGAUUACGAGAAGCCGGAUAAACUCACACCGAUAGAAAACACUGCUGAUGACGAAGUUGAACAGGUAAACGGAAUAUCGACAAGUAGCGUUUCUCCGUCGCCUUCUCCGGAACCGCCCAAAUUGUCGCCGCGUUCUCCGAUUGACUCUGAGAAAAGUAAAUCGCCCGACACAUUGAGAGACAGUCCACCCAUAUUGCCUAGAGUUUACAUUGCGAUACAGUCGUCUACUGUAGAAUGUCUGAAGCAAAAUACGGACACUGUUAAGAGUUGGCACAAGAGUGACAACUCAUCAGUUUCACAAGAGAAAGAGGAGAUCAAAUUGAAUGACACAAAUCAAACAAUUCACAACAGCACCGUGACAGUAGCACCAGCUAUAUCUUCAGUCUCGUCGUCGGAGUUUGAAAGUCCCGGAAGCAACACGGAUUGGGACGGAGAAGUGGAUCGGUUGGAGUUGAAGAAUUCGAAAAUCGAAGAAAACAUAUCGGAAGACGUCAAAACGUUUCACGACAAACAAGAACGUCAAUGUGAAGCGAGUCCGUCAAUCUCGGACAAUUUUCUGGAUUCAACAAUGGUUAUCGAAAUGACGAAAACUGACGUGACGAACACAACGGAAGAGUCCGUCGUUAAAGAGAAUUCCGACAAAAUAUUGCAAAAUGCUGAAGCAUUCACGAGUAAACAAGUCACUUGCAAAAAACUGGAGCUGAAACAUAUUGAAGAAUCCAGCGAGACUUUAUCGUCCAGUUUGUCGAUCGUUGAGGGAACUAGAAAAGUAUAUGAUACUGAAUAUGAAAGCUAUGAUUCGGAAGAAAGGAUCGGCAACGAAAAUACUGCAGUUGCGAAUAGGAAUACUGCUGUGCAGGAGGCAACGACGACGGUUAGGCAACUUCAAGCACCCGCGGCCAACGUGACUAACAUCUUACAGCUGCAGUCGAAUUAUUACGGCUCGCCCGUCGCUCAGGACAAUAUUGUCUUCACGGAUGUUGCACAAAACUCAAAAGACGGACGGAAGGUUACAUCAAGUAUGAAUCAGCCUGCGACUUUAGAUCCAACAGUGCCCAUAAGAUUCACCCCAUCGGGAUCUGCCGUUAGCAAUUCAAAUCAGCAAUGUAUUGUCCUGCCUAAUAGUUGCAGUAGCAAAGUCGUUCAAGAAAACAGCAGUCAGCAAAACGACGGAAGUCGCAUCAUGACGGAGCAAUUUCCUACAUUAGGCAAUUGGGUAGCGCGAAUGUCGAGAGAAAAGAAACAGACAACCAAGUCGAAAUCUAAAUUGCAAUCCGGGGUAACUUUGCCAACUACGUCGAUUGCGGAGACCGUUUCCGGUCUUGAGACCCAGAAAAACCGUGAGAAUGCACCAAAUAAUGCAACUCGAAACAAUAUAGUCAACGUAGCACCGCAGUGGAAUACAGAAAGAUGGCAGCGUCAGCAACAUCAGCAGUGUCAACAGCAAUUGUACGCGGCAACGUCAUCAGCCGCACCAUCAGUGAGACCAGGGAUUUGUCCGCCUAUCUCGGUUACUCAGUUCUAUCCACCUAAUUACGCAAUCGAUCCUUACGGAAGCGCAGCUUUUGGUUACCACUCCGCGAUGUGUUCUUAUGACAAUUAUUCCUAUCAUUCUCGUCUACAUGGCGCUGCACCAUCGUUGAGCGGAUAUCAAAUAGGUCCGCUGCAGGACUCGCACACUUCGCUCCGCCAAAUGUCACACAUCGAUAAGCGUUUUCCUGCGAAUCUGUUGGACACGAGGACUCGCCAUUUUGCCAAAGAUCUUCUUAAGUAUCCUGGUGCUUUAUCAACGAGCAAUUAUCAACACGCUGCUAAUAGUUUGGAUUACGACCGACUGAGAACGACAACAGCAGCUGCGACGCAGAAUGGUUCCGCUCCCCCGGCUUGUCUGCCACCGCUGUUGCUGCCACCACCACCGCCAUUGAUAGCUCCUGCACAACAAACACUCGCACGCACUUCUUUAGCCGGUUAUCCGACAAGUGGCAGCCAAUGCAGCAGAAAUAGAAUAAUCCCGGAUGUAGUCGCUGCGGCAGCGGCAGCUGCUGUAGUCGCGGCGGCUUCCUUCGGGCGGCAACAAGGUUCUUUACCACCGUACGGAAGAACCGACACAGGAAUAGUGUCCGGCGAUAUCGGCGGUGUUAUAAACAAAGAAUCCUUGCUUAUGGCAAAUAGAACAAAUGUGAAUCGCGAACGAUUGUCGCAAGAGCAUGUGCAGAGCGUCAAUGGUGUCAACGUGGAAUCGCGGCUGAACAAUAACGGUUAUCAUCAACUGCAGAAUUUGAUUCUUGAUACAUUACCUUACGUGAAGACUGACAACUAUUCUCAGCCACCUGCUAUUUUCGCUGACAACGCUCAAGAGACCGUGUCUUCGGCAUCCACGUCGACGUACAAAUCCACUCCAAUUCUAGCGCCCGGCAACUCGUUGGCCACUAAGGAAUCUACAAGAAAAGAGAGUCGUAACUGCGAAACGCCGCAUUUAGGUAAAGUUAGCCGAACGUUAGAAACGACAAAUAAUUUAGAAUGUUCGAAUUGCGGUUUGGCUGGUUCCAUGUUCAAGUGUCUGGGUUGCGAAGCGGCUUUCUACUGUGACGAGAGGUGCCAAACGCGUCAUUGGAACAUUCACGUAGAAAAAUGUCCUAAGAGAAUGCCUAAAUUGAAAAAACUUAUCUGAGAAUUAUUGAAAGAAUUACAAGAACUCUUUAGAUAGAAAAGUCUAAGGACUUUAAUAACCAAUAUUUUUGUUGAUUUUAUUGCAUAUAUUUAUUGCAUAUGCAAACAAAAUAAAGGACCGAAAAGCCGUUCUAGAUUACUAUAUAUGUACUGUUCUAGUCAAUAUAGUCUAAAUUGUAACAAAUGUGCAAGUUCCAUCUUGCAGUCCUAUCAGAUUUAUACUACAAAUGUGAUAAAAGUGUGCCUGAUCGUUGAGAUAAAAUGCUUACUAUAAUUUUAUUUUCGUGUCUAGUAUUCUGCUUUAAAUAUUGUGAGAGAGAUAAAAUCUCCGGAAUAUUUAUUAUUAUAUUUGUUUUUAUUAAGCGCACGCGUACGUAAAUGACGCAUUUAUUGUGCAAUAACAAUAAAUUUUUUGUCAGUGCUUGUUUCGAUAUUACUGUGUUAUAAAAUAUAUGUUACAAAAUGUGCUACCUCUCAUGUACCUUAUGGAUAAUCAUAGUGAUCACUCACACACACAUAUAAUUGGAUUUGUUAACACAUUGUUGAAUCAAUUGAGAAGAGUGGAAAAGCCAAGACGAAGAGAAAUCCAUUGUGACUAACAAAAUUAAAUAACUUCUACAGUACAAUAAUUAAACUUCUAUUUAAAUUUUGAAAACUAAAAAGUAGGCUUACAGAAUUAGGUGAAAAAUAUCGGUAAAAUAUCAUAAACAUAUCAUUGUUUAUCUUGUCGGAUGGUAUUUUUGAGCUAUAUGAUGUCAUUGAAGAAAUCAAAAUAAGUUAAUAAUAAAGUGAUUUUAGUGCACAUAAGAACGACGUUAGGUUCUUUUUGGUCUUCUCACUCUUCCUAAUUGACAGAAAAAAAAAAAAUGUUAUUAACAUUACUAAUUUAAUACAUCAAUACAUUAUAAAUCAAGCGUUAUAUUCCAACAGGAGACUUUGCAAUAAGUUUUAUACUUUUAAAUAAAAUUUUUAUGUAGUUUGUGUAAAAGUAUUCUAUAAGAGAUGUGAGAUAUAUGCAAUAAUUCUUAGAUAUUGUAAAUCAUAUUUAUUAAUGUGUCCAAAUCUAGCAUAAAAUUAACUUCAAGAAUAUGUUGCAUAUCUUUUUAAAGAUAACAUUCAAUAUGUUUGUUUUAGUUAUUUUGAGUUAUAUAUAUUUGUUUUUUUUUUUUUUAUAUUUUUAUAACAAUUUGUAAUU